AUGAUCAAACUCUCCACCCUCCUCUCCUCCUUCUUCUACCUCCUCCCCCUCUACAUCUUCGUCCUCGCGCCUCUCCUCCGCCAAAUCUUCCCCUCCGACGCCGCAUCCUCCUCCAUCCUCGACUUCGACUCCACCGACCAUGACCCGGACGUCACGCUCGACGAAUCCGUCCUCAGCCUCGACGACGGCGUAGAAGUCACCUGUCCCCCAGAGGCCGAUCAAUAUCAGAUCCAUCUACUCGCGCGCGAUCCUUUGGUCAUUUACAUUGAGAAUUUCGUCUCAGGAGCGGAAGCAGAUGAGAUUGUUGAGAUGAGCAAAUCAAACUACACCCCCUCCAUCCUCUACAACGGCACCGCCUCAAUCGUGGACCCCUCCCGUCGUCUCUCCGACCGAUCCCUCCUCCCGCGCACCCCCACAAUCCGAUGUCUCGAGGCCCGCGCGCGCGCGUUCCAAGGCUGGCGUCCGAACCUAUACAUCGAGCGCAUGUGGGCGCAACGGUAUAACGCGUCGGGACACUAUACGCAUCAUUAUGACUGGGCUGGGAGCGUGGCGCGGGGCGGGGAUCGCGCGAGUACGUUCAUGGUGUAUCUGGGGGAUGAGUGUAGGGGAGGAGGGACGAAUUUCCCGAGACUGCGGAAGCCGAGGGAUCAGCGGUGGUGUCGGUUUAUUGAAUGCGAGACAGAUGAGGAGACAAAGCCGGAGGAGAAGGAGGAGGGAGAGGGUGGGAAUAAUGGGGUGGUAGGGCAGGGGCAACAAGGGCAAGGAAGGAGAGAAGGGAUCACGUUCAAACCUAUCAAGGGGAAUGCGAUCUUCUGGGAGAAUCUGAGGGCGGAUGGCUCCGGAUACCCGGAGACGUGGCAUGCCGCGGAGCCGGUGACGGAGGGGACGAAGUUCGGGUUGAAUAUUUGGAGUUGGUAUCAGGCGCCGAGAAGGAGGGUGUAG